GUCAGUAUGUAGGCGUUAUGGGCUCCAACUGCUAUCAUAAAACUUAAUAAUGCAAAUGUAAUUAAGUCACCUGACCUCUCUGGCCUCUCAUAGGCAGACUCCCGCUCAGUCCUGGCAGUCCUGACAGUCGCCGCACCUUUAACAAGGAAAUUGAUGACGUUGCCGUCGCGUCGUUACUUUAUGACAGGAGGCCUUUAUGCCUUACGAUUUGAUUAGCCAUUAGAUGGCUGGAAUAGUUGUGCGCUGACUUGGUUUGCAAACAAAAUGCUCCCAAUCAAUAUAAAUCAAUCAACUUCAUGGUACAUACCAUUUACCAUUAUUUUAAAACCACCAUAAAGGCCACAUUCUAUGGCUUUCUGUUGCCUUGACCUGCAUUCCAUUCGAAACCUAUCAGCAUUUCGGCUUCUUUUACGUGAAAAUUACCUUAACCUUAACCUUAAAGAGGAUCGUCCUGAUUAUCAUGAUUACAGACGCAGUCUGUACUGGAACUUGCAGGAAUAAAUAUCAUUUGUAGUUCAAGCUGUCUAUUGUUUAAAGGAACCAUUAUUAUUAUUAGUUUACCUCCGAAUGCCGGGCUUAUUUGUUAAGCUAACAAUUAGCAUUAUGAGUCAUUAUAAAUAUGUAUAAAUAAAGCAGCUUGCAUGUAUGCACAUGUGCGCACCACUUGGACGGCAGAAAACGAACGGAGCCAGUGUUCCAGUCAGUUAAACAGCCAUUCAGUAUACAAAUUUCACGAGUGGCAUAGACAAAAGCUCCCGGAAGAGAACAGCGGUAAAGGGAACAGUUAUCAUUGAUUCUUUGGUCAGUAACAAUGUGCUGUGCUUGUUUCCAUGGCAACGCCCUGUGUUUGAGUUUGAAUUUGGACAGCAUAAAGCAAAUCAGCAUGCAUCAGCGGUUGAAUACAUGUACAUACAGUGGUUAUCAGUUGCUGGAUAGCCGUUUCCAAGUAUCGUCAGAGAACAAUUUUGGCUCGGUGCAAUCGGAGAUCAAGUGUACAAGUAUUCAGCAAAUGCCAAUCACUUUUGCCAGUGCUUAAGCAGCUCCGACUGAAAACUGAAAACUGAAAACUAAAAACAGAUCUCUACUUAAUUAUGGUGGGAUUGUUUUAGACAGACAAGAUGCACGUAAUGUUUACUUUGACCGGCAAAGCCGCGACGAAAAUUGUAUUGUUUUGCUUCCUGAUCUCGAUCGUGUCUAUACUAUUUGCGCUGUGCGUCUCUCUGCCAUUAAAACAGAGCAGCUCGGCAUGUAUGGCCAUCGAAACCUGUGAUCCAUUUAAGCCCAUCUGUGCAACGUCCAUAAACGAGCAUCAGUUUUUCUACAGCCAGUGCGAAAUGGUACGGGAUAUCUGUCUAACCGGUAAGGAUUGGAAAUCCGACUACUUAAGCCACUGCAAUGUCAGCAAGCUUUAGCAGGACAUUUACAUAGGAUAUGCAUUCCAAAGAUUAUACAAAUUUA